GUUGCCAAUUCAUAUAACAACAUAGGAGUUAUCUAUCGUCACCAAGGCAAGUACGAUCAGGCUGUGGAUAUGUUGCACAAGUCACUGCAAAUUGGAUUGGCAGUCCUUGGUCACAAUCAUCCCCAUGUUGCCAACUCAUAUUACAACAUAGGACUUGUUUAUCAUGACCAAGGCAAGUACGAUCAGGCUGUGGAUAUGUAUGACAAGUCACUACAAAUUGGAUUGUCAGUCCUUGGUCACAAUCAUCCUGAUGUUGUGAAGUCAUAUAAAAACAUAGGCAAUGUCUAUAAAAGCCAACGCAAGUACGAUCAGGCUGUGGAUAUGUAUGACAAAUCACUGCAAAUUGGAUUGGCAGUCCAUGGCAAUGUCUAUAAAAGCCAAGGCAAGUACGAUCAGGCUGUGGAUAUGUAUGACAAAUCACUGCAAAUUGGAUUGGCUGUCCUUGGUCAUAAUCAUCCUGAUGUUGCCAACUCAUAUAACAACAUAGGACUUGUCUAUGAUGACCAAGGCAAGUACGAUCAGGCUGUGGAUAUUUAUGACAAAUCUCUGCAAAUUCGAUUGUCAGUUCUUGGUCACAAUCAUCCUGAUGUUGCCAACUCAUAUAACAACAUAGGCAAUGUCUAUAAAAGCCAAGGCAAGUACGAUCAGGCUGUGGAUAUGUAUCACAAGUCACUGCAAAUUGGAUUGGCUGUCCUUGGUUAUAAUCAUCCUGAUGUUGCCAACUCAUAUAACGACAUAGGAGUUGUCUAUCGUCACCAUGGCAAGUACGAUCAGGCUGUGGAUAUGUAUGACAAAUCACUGCAAAUUCGAUUGUCAGUCCUUGGUCAUAAUCAUCCUGAUGUUGCCAACUCAUAUAACAACAUAGGCAAUGUCUAUAAAAGCCAAGGCAAGUACGAUCAGGCUGUGGAUAUGUAUGACAAAUCACUGCAAAUUCGAUUGUCAGUCCUUGGUCACAAUCAUCCCCACGUUGCGAAGUCAUAUAACAACAUAGGACUUGUCUAUCGUCGCCAAGGCAAGUACGAUCAGGCUGUGGAUAACUUUAAGAAGUCACUGUAUAUC